GUACACGUGCUUGAUGCUGGGGUGGGACCGCCCACAUGAGACGCCUGAACCAAUAGCGGCUCGAGAAUGAAGAUGUUUAAGACAAAACGUAGUUAAGUACUCAGUUCGUCCGCCAGUUAGCUGCGAUCAGCUUCUUGUCGGCAGCGAAGCGAAGAUUCCACGGCCGAACUUUCUACACGUGCUUCACUGAGACACUGAACAGGGAUGAACACGCCGCCCGCGUCGGAGCGGCUAGUGCGAGGCAGCCGAGGAGGAACCGGCGCCGGACGGAGGCUACUGCGAACGCCCAAGUGCGCGCGGUGCCGCAACCACGGGGUAAUCUCGUGCCUCAAAGGCCACAAGCGGCUGUGUCGCUGGCGGGAAUGCCAGUGCCCUAACUGUCAGCUGGUUGUGGAGCGCCAGCGGGUCAUGGCGGCGCAAGUGGCGCUGCGCAGACAACAAUCCAGUGAGGAGGGCCACGACUUGAGGUCACGUGUCCAAUCGGCAGAGGCACUGUUGGCACAGAAGAGGCUAUAUCAGAAACAUCUCAGAAGUCUACAGCAGAGUUCAUUGGCACGGGAUAUCCUGCAAGGUUACCGGCAGAGAUUGGGACGCUUUCCGACGCCGACUGGGUCACUGCUACCGACAUUCUUGAGCGACAGGAUUAGAAAGAGACGCGCUUUUGCUGACCGCGAGCUAGAGACGGCGCUGCCACCGACGCUACUACUACAGCAUCCCGACGAACAUGCGACGCUACUUCGAGACCGCCUCCUGGCGGGUCUGCCCCUCACAUUGUUACCCCUUGUGCCGCCUCCACAAGCAGCCUUCUGGCCGCCUCCCUGCCUCCAACCUGUUCCCACACUGACCACCCACACAGACCCAAGCUCUGACCCACUAGAUCCUGGAAAUACGUCGCUACCCGACACGAAACACCAUUCGUCUCCGAAAACUAAGCCCAAGAUAUCAUUUUCUGUAGAAUCCAUCAUCGGUGUGAAGUGAAAUGUUCAAACCCCACGCCUGGCUGCAGGAAGGGGCACAAAAUAUUGAACCCAGUUUAUUUUUAUGAACUGUCAUAUUUUUGCCAGGUAGCGGAUGUCAAAUAGUACUUCCGCAAUGCAGAAGACUUUGGAACGAGUGACGUGAAGCGAGCGUUCCAAUUCCUCUCAAGAGUUAAAUAAUUUUAUCGGUUUUCCCCCUGAAACUGUAAGUAGAUUGUGAAAUUUGUAAAAGCUAUUUUGUAA